GUCUACUUUUUGGGGCCACUGUGUGAUUGAGGAAAGCGCAAUGCCACGUUUGCUACUGUUGGUGUAAAUGACACUCAACACAACAGCGUGACCUUCAGCGCGUGAGAAACUCGAGCACCGCUGCACGUUUUGACCCUUUCGGCUUGCCAUACCGGCUGCACGCCUAGCACUGCAUACAAACCAAUGAAAAUGCAGGAAUGGUCUGUUUUCCCCUAAUGCGUGUGCAAUCUUUCCGCUCCGUGCAUGCAUCUCUCUCCCCGAGCAGCUGAUUGUGUUGUGCAUGCAUUAGGAGCCGGAUUGCACACAUGCAUGGCCGUCAUCCGGGUUGCAUUCGUGCCGCAGACGCCAGAGAGGGAGAGAGAGCUUCUAACAUCACGGUAAAUCAAAGGUGAAGCCAGGACGGAGAGGAAAAAAGCAUGGCGUCCGCGUUCGGCUCCAGGACCCUGAGUAAAGAUGAUGUGAACUACAGGAUGCAUUUCCGCAUGAUCAACGAGCAGCAGGUGGAGGACAUCACCAUCGACUUCUUCUACAAGCCUCACACCAUCAGCCUGCUCACAUGCACCGUGCUCAGCCUCAUGUACUUCGCGUUUACGCGAGAUGAUGGAAACCCUGACAGUAACCUGUGGGUGGGUCUCAUCCUGGUCAUCUCCUUCUUCUUGGUCAUCAGCGUACUCGCCUUCCCCAACGGUCCGUUCACAAGACCCCAUCCAGCAAUAUGGCGUAUAGUGUUCGGGUUGAGUGUGCUGUACUUCCUCUUCCUGGUUUUUAUCAUCUUCCUGAACUGGGAGCAGGUCAAGUCUCUCAUGUUCUGGCUGGAUCCCAAUCUGCGCUACGCCAAACGGGAAGCCGACAUCAUGGAGUAUGCCGUCAACUGUCAUGUGAUCACCUGGGAGCGAAUCCUCAGCCACUUCGACAUCUUCGCCUUCAGUCAUUUCUGGGGCUGGGGAAUGAAGGCUCUGCUGAUCCGCAGCUAUGGCCUGUGCUGGACUAUCAGCAUCACCUGGGAGCUGACCGAGCUGUUCUUCAUGCAUCUUCUUCCGAAUUUCGCGGAGUGCUGGUGGGAUCAGGUCAUCCUGGAUAUCCUGCUGUGUAACGGCGGAGGGAUCUGGCUGGGAAUGACCGCCUGCCGCUUCCUGGAGAUGCGCACGUAUCACUGGGCCAGCAUCAAAGACAUCCACAGCACCACGGGGAAGAUCAAGCGUGCAGCGCUGCAGUUCACUCCUGCCAGCUGGACAUACGUGCGCUGGCUCGACCCCAAGUCCUCCUUACAGAGAGUGACGGGAGUCUAUCUGUUCAUGAUCAUCUGGCAGCUGACGGAGCUGAACACGUUCUUCCUGAAGCACAUCUUCGUGUUCCCAGCAUGCCACGCUCUCAGCUGGUGCCGGAUCCUGUUCAUCGGGAUCAUCACGGCUCCUACUGUACGGCAGUAUUACGUGUAUCUGACGGACACACAGUGCAAGCGGGUCGGGACUCAGUGCUGGGUGUUUGGAGCGAUCGCUUUCCUGGAGGCCUUGGCGUGCAUUAAAUUCGGACAAGACUUGUUUUCCAAGACACAGGUUUUGUAUGUGGUGUUGUGGCUCCUGUGUUUGGCUUUCAUCACGUUCCUGUGUCUGUAUGGGAUGGUCUGGUUCGCUGAGAACUACGGGCCCCGACAGAAGAGCUUCUCGGAGUGUGAGGACAGUAUUUACACGGAGCCGGGCGACGCCGUGUCUGGAUGCAGAGGGGAGUUUGAGGCGGACAGCACAACUUCCUCUUCCACCAGGAAACGGAGGGACUCGGGAAAUAUCAGAAGCAUCAACGGCCUGGAGAAAUAAGGCCAUCUCUGAAAGGCUUUUCGACGGGAACUUUUGCACAGGUGUCGCUCCUGUUAGCAACAUCAGAUGAUGAUGAUGAUGAUGAUGCAAGACCCUUUGAAAAGGCAAUCCUGUGUGUCCGGUGUUUAGUUAGCGAGCUCACUUUACCUGUUGACCUACAGAGACUGGUUAACCAGGUUAGAUCCCAAGCAUAGCUGGUGUUUUCAGUCGCAUGCGUGACUCGUAUCAGUGCUGGAUUCGAUGUCACAGCUGUAUUUUACGGUAUGCAGCCGAUUUCAGAGUAUGUUAUUCAUAUCAUAAUGUGUUUACAAAUUAUCAUAUUUUAAAGUCAACAUUAUAUCAGAAUUUACCUUCUUAAAACACAUUCUUAUUGUGCAUUUUGCUGGUGCAUGUUCUUUUAAAAUGAUUUUCUUUUAGUGCUAGUCAUAAAAAUGUAAGUGUAGA